AUGAGCAGAAAAUGGGCCAGCACUUGCCACGUCUUCCGAGUCGACGUCGACAACGCUAAAUCGUGGCAACCUCUUGCAGACAAGAAAACGGGUCUUGACGUGGUCGUUGAAGGCCAAAAUGUACGAGUUUCUGAUGCUUCGAAAUUGAUAGAGGAAAUCACGCUCCAAGCAGCAACCAUCGUCGCCUGCACCUCCUCCAAAUUCGUCCAACUGAACACGCCGGAGCCAUGCAACGUCUACGGCUUUGGCUUCCGAAAAGAAGAGGAUCGAAAACAGUUCCAAGCGAUGAUCCAGGGAAUUAUCGACGAAAAGAAAAAGGAUCGGCGAGGAUUUCAAGAUCACGCCAAGGAAAACGACCGCCUCCGCCAGAAAAUCUCGCUCAAAGACGAAGAGAUUAAUGACCUGAGAGUGAAAAAUAGAAAACUGGAGCUGGAACUGAAAGAAACGCAUUUGAAAGUCUCAGAGCUGAAGAAGUCGAGUAUCAGUUUUGAAGCAAAAGCGGCGUUGCUAGAAAAGAAGCUAGAAAAACUCCAAGAAGCGUCGGAACAUGACUUGCCGACUGUUCUGCCGAUUCCAAACGUAGUGGGCGACUUGAUCCGGCACCGAGACCAGCUGGACGAGAUCAUUGAUCGGCUGAGCCAAUUUUCGGAAGGAAAGGGGCCGCCGCAGCGUUUCACGCCGCCCAAUCUCAGCGAAAACCACGACAAAAGCAACUCCACCCGCCACACUCACAGCAGCGACAACGAAAUUAUACACUCCCAAUCCGAAUUGCUCUGA